AUGUCUUCGCUCUUCCCCACUUCCCGCUGGUCCGUCCUGGUCGCCUCAAUGCUGCUCGAGCUCUGCGGCGGGAGCGUGUACAUCACAAACCUCUACCUCGCCGCGCUUCGGCCGCGCCUGUUUCCUGGCGCCGCAGACGGCGAGGCGCUCAUGGAGUACUUGGUCUUCGCGUCCAACCUGGGCAACUGGGUGCCGCUCGCCGGCUUUUUGUACGACGCGCGCCGAGGCGGCCCGCGGACGGUCGUCUUUGCGGGCGCGGCGCUCACGCUGCUCGGCUACGGCGGCCUCUGGCUCUGUUCCGCGUUUGAUGUGCACGCCAACUUUGCGGUACUCUGGCUGCUCUGGUUCCUGUGGGGGCACGGGUCGGGCUACUUCGACUGCGCCGCCAUUGCCACCUGCAGCGCCAACUUCCGCGAGUCGCGCGGCCUCGUGCUCGGGCUGACAAAGUCCUUCUACGGCCUGUCUGGCUCGCUGCUGACGCAGGUUUUCCUCGCUUUCUUCGCGGCGCCCGACGCGGCGCCCGCCUUCCUCCUCUUCCUCGGCGUCGCCCUCUGCCUCCUCGCACUCGCACUCGCGCCGCUGGUCCGCCGCCUCGCCCCGCCGCGCCCGCUCGACGCCGACUCGCCCUCGCGCCGCUUUGCGCGCGGCUACGCCCUCGUCGGCGCCCUCGCCGUCGCGAUGGUGGCCAUCAGCCUGCUGCGCGCCUUCUCGCCGCUCGCCGCAAGCCGCGCCUUCUCGCUCGGCGCCCUCGGCCUCGUCGCCGCCUCCCUCCUCGCCCUGCCCAGCCUCGCGUGGGGCGCCGCCGCAGCCGCCGGCUCGCCCUCCGUCGGCUCGUCCUCGGUGGCCGGCCGGGUGGGGCUGCUCGAGGAGGCCGACGCCGCCGCCGCUCGACGCGAGAGCGGGGCGGGCCCCACGCAGCACGCGCAGCACGCGCCGCAGGGGCCGCCGCUGCAGCUCUCGCCGCCUCCGGACGGGCAACAGCCAGGGAGCGGCGUCUGGGCGUCGGUGGCGAGCGUCGAUUUCGGCCUCCUCUUCGUCGCGGCCUUUGCCGGCUGGGGCGGCGGCAUCGUCUUGCUCAACCACAUCGGCAAGAUCGUCACUGCCGCCGCGCCCGCGCAGGCUUCAUCCCAGGCGUCCCCCAUCCUCGUCUCGCUCCUCUCCGCCUGCAACUGCAUCGGCCGGAUGGCCGCUGGCGCCUGCUCCGACGCACUCUCGCGCAGGCGCUGCCACGGCUCCCUCUGCUAUCGCGCCACCCACCUGGCCAUCCUCGGCGCGUGUGCGGCGGGCACUGCGGGCGCACUGGCGCUAGGCGUGCGCAACCGGGCCAUCUACCGAGGCAAGCUGCUCGACCGCGCUGCAGUGUGA